AACAGGAGAACAGGACUAUAAAAACGUCGAAGAAUAAAGAAGCGCGGCGGCAAUAGACGACGGGCCUUUUGGAGAAGAAUACCUGAAGAGAGAAAAUGGGCGCUUCACAAUCAGUCCCACAAGAAAGCAUCCAUGAAUUCACUGUCAAGGAUGCCAGAGGCAGUGACGUGGACCUCGGCAUCUACAAAGGGAAAGUACUUCUUGUUGUUAACGUCGCUUCUAAAUGUGGAUUUACGGAUUCCAAUUACACUCAGUUAACUGAACUUUACGGCAGAUACAAGGAUAAGGGACUUGAAAUAUUGGCAUUUCCGUGCAAUCAAUUUCUGAAGCAAGAGCCUGGGACAAGCCAAGAGGCGCAAGAGUUUGCAUGCACAAGAUACAAGGCCGAAUAUCCUAUUUUUGGAAAGGUACGUGUCAAUGGACCAGAUGCCUCUCCGGUUUAUAAAUUCCUUAAAUCACAGAAAAAUGGGUUUCUGGGUUCUCGGAUAAAAUGGAAUUUCACCAAGUUUUUGGUUGACAAGGAGGGCCAUGUGAUCCAGCGUUAUGGUCCAACCACUCCACCAUUGGCAUUUGAGAAUGACAUCAAGAAGGCGUUGGGAGAGGCUUGAGAGAGAGCACCACUACAAACUAGCGAUCGAGUUCAAGAUGUCUGUAACAUAGCAAUGUAUAUUCGAUAGGUCUUGGUUCGCCUGCUCAUUAUGUAUACAUAUUUUAUAUCUGUUUGUGUUUGUUGUUUAUCAGAGUUCUGUUUUCGCCUUUUCGAUAUCAGUUUUAUUUUGAGAAGUUGAUUCAUGGAUACUUGAGUUUGUCAUUUGUUCAUGUAAACGUCACUGUUGUAAAGUGGAAAUAGUUUGGCUGUAAAAUGCAGUGAUAAUUUUUGUAUUAUUAUUUUAAUUUAAUGGUAUGGUGUUUAUACCCAA